GAUCUUGAGCGCCCCGGCCAGACUUCAUUGGCCUGCGGCGCCGCCACUCGGAGAGACGUGCCUCAACCCGGAAGUGUGAGAGGCAAAAUCUGCCUAGCAACCGGGGAAGCCGGGCUGUGAAGCGGGCAAUUUCAGUGUGAGAAGGAGCGGUGAGACCGAGCGGCGGCCCGGAGCGCGCCGCGGCAGCUCCUUCCGCCCGGGGUCAGCGCCUCGGCGCGCGCACGCGCACCCUCGCUGCCUGAGCGCGCCCCGCGCCGCCCGCGCAGUCGGUCCGUCGGUCGUCCGUCGUCCUGUCGCCACCGCUGCCUCAGGCGCCACCCGAGGGAGCCGUCGCCGUGGGACGCGACCAGACCGGACCCGAGCUCUCUGCCCGAGGCUGGUCCGGGGCCCAGCUGCGGAUCGCGCGGAGCCGAGCAACUUCGGUUGCCCAUCACAUUGAGCCAGUAUAUCCACAUAAGUUGCCUUUUGACAGAACUGUGGCCAUGGCGGCAUGGUAGGACCCGUGUCCUGGACCCUGAGGCCAGAAUGAGUGAAGAAGCAUGCCGAACCCGCAAUCAGAAGCGAGCCCUUGAACCUGACCUAACGGAGGAUGAUGUGGAGAGUAAGAAAAUGAAAAUGGAGAGAGGACCAUCAGAGCUGACAGUGGACGGAGACAGCAGGGUGAUGCCAGAGCCGAGUGCUGGCUCAGCCCAGGUCUUGCUGAGGACAACAGAGGCCAUGGGCACAGGAUCUGGUGAAGGGCUGUUAGGAGAUGGACCUGUGGACAUGCGCACCUCACACAGUGACAUGAAGUCUGAGAAGAGACCUCCCUCACCUGAUGUGAUUGUGCUCUCUGACAGUGAGCAGCCAUCAAGCCCAAGGGUGAAUGGUCUGACCACAGUGGCCUUGAAAGACACCAGCACUGAGGCACUCUUGAAAAGCAGCCCGGAAGAGCGAGAGCGGAUGAUCAAGCAGCUGAAGGAGGAAUUGAGGCUAGAGGAAGCAAAACUGGUCUUGUUGAAGAAGCUGCGACAGAGUCAAAUACAGAAGGAAGCCACUGCGCAGAAGCCUACAGCUUCCUCGGGGAGCACUGUGACCACCCCUCCCCCACUCGUGCGGGGUACCCAGAACAUUCCUGCUGGCAAGACAUCACUUCAGACCUCCUCCACUCGAAUACCCGGCAGCAUCAUCCCACCACCACUGGUCCGAGGUGGGCAGCAGGUGUCUGCCAAACUGGGACCACAGGCCAGCUCUCAAGUAGUCAUGCCACCACUUGUCAGGGGGGCCCAGCAGAUUCACAACAUCAGACAGCAUUCCUCUACGGGGCCACCACCUCUCCUCCUGGCCCCCCGUGCCUCAGUGCCCAGCAUGCAGAUUCAGGGACAGAGGAUCAUUCAGCAGGGACUUAUCCGUGUCGCCAAUGUCCCCAACACCAGUCUGCUCGUCAACAUCCCUCAGCCUGCCACAGCCUCCCUGAAGGGGACAACAGUUGCCUCUGCUCAGGCAAACUCCACUCCCACUAGUGUGGCUUCUGUGGUGGCGUCUGCUGAGUCUCCAGCUAGUCGACAGGCUGCUGCCAAGCUAGCACUGCGUAAGCAGCUGGAGAAGACACUGCUGGAGAUCCCCCCUCCCAAGCCCCCCGCUCCAGAGAUGAACUUCCUGCCCAGUGCUGCCAACAAUGAGUUCAUCUACCUGGUUGGCCUGGAAGAAGUGGUGCAGAACCUGCUGGAGACACAAGCGGGCAGGAUUUCUGCUACUGCAGCUGCUGCCGUGUUAUCCCGGGAGCCCUACAUGUGUGUGCAGUGUAAGACAGACUUCACAUGCCGCUGGCGAGAGAAGGGUGGAGCCGUCAUGUGUGAGAACUGCAUGACAUCCAACCAAAAGAAGGCACUCAAGGUGGAGCAUACCAGUCGCCUGAAGGCUGCCUUCGUGAAAGCGCUACAGCAAGAGCAGGAGAUGGAGCAGCGACUGCUGCAGCAGGGUGUGGGCACCGCCAGCAUCAAGGCUGAGCCUGCAGCCCCACAUCCCACACUGAAGCAGGUCAUAAAGCCCAGACGUAAGUUGGCGUUCCGCCCAGGAGAGGCCCGUGACUGGAAUAACGGGACCUCACUACAGGCUUCCAGCCAGCUGUCCCGGGGCUCAGCCGCAACACCUCGUGGUGUUCUGCACACUUUCAGCCAGUCACCCAAACUGCAGAACGCAGCCUCAGCUACGGCCCUGGUAAGCAGGACUGGCAGACAUUCCGAGAGAGUCAUGGGCACCGGCAAGGGCACCGCCUCCAACUGGAAAAAGACGCCUCUGAGCACAGGCGGGACCCUUGCCUUCGUCAGCCCAAGCCUGGCAGCAGUGCACAAGACCUCCUCGGCUGUGGACCGACAGCGAGAAUACCUCCUGGACAUGAUUCCUCCACGCUCCAUCCCCCAGUCAGCCACAUGGAAAUAGUGGGAGCUGGCCCAGCCGAGGACAGGCCCUCUUCUCUCCCAAGGCCCUUGGUCUAGGACACGCAGACUGCCCUCCUAGCAAGUUGCCUGAGACAGCUCAGGCCUUGGCUGUUGCCUUGCUGUCCAGGAGAGUGUGCCACCAUGGUGCCCAGGAUCAGAACCAGGGACCUUCCCCAUGGGCCUUCUCCUUCCUUUUUGCCUUUAGUUUGCCCGACACCAGCAGAAACUUGGACCUUGGGGCCAGCUCUGCCUGGCCAGCGUGGGUGGGAGCUCACCCUGGACACUGUGACAUACCCGGGCCAGGCUGGCACCGGGGGCUCCCGAAGUUGAGCCGGGGUUUUGUUUUCUUUUGGCUUUUCCCAUCUUAGCUCCCCAGUCUCUGCCUCUUCAUGGCCAUCUAUAGGUUGAAGUUUGGGUUUUAUUGGGUGGUUUUUUUUUUUUUUUUUUUUUUUUUUUUUUGGUUUGUUUUUGUUUUUUAUAAUCACCUCAUAAUGAUGAUGGAAUUAAAAGUGAACUGCAUAGACCCAGGGUCAUUGUUGUACACAGUGCAGUCUAGCAGUCUAACCCCAGAGGGUGCUCAGAGUGGCAGCACCAGAGAUGGCAGGUGCCACCCUGGCUCUAGUCUUGUCUGUUGCUGCUCACUGCAGCCCCUGGCUUCCACACUCAGCAGAACGAAUAGCAGCCCAGAUUUUGUCUGUUAUCCAGAGGCUCCAGAGGGAUGCUGGAUCCACUGUGCUAGAGCCAGAGCUGGUUGCUGGCUGGGAGACCACUGGGUUACUUUUUGUGGUUUAUUUUAUUAAAAGUGUCUGUCCUUUUUCUCUUUUGAUGGACACAAUCUCAAGAUGCCCAUGCCUGCCAAGAGGCAUCCAGGUAGGGCCCAGCCAGAACCCUUAUAUCUGGAGUCAGCAGGGCUUACUCCCUCUCAAUCCACAGGGAUGUCUGAAAGGGCCCAAGUCUUCUUUUGUUCUGUUUUGUUUCCUUCUCCUCCCCCCCCCAACCCCCACUCUUUUAACAAUUGGUUCCAAGGUGAAAGGCAGAAGCAGCUGUGUGUCCAGCACGCACGGGGCGGCCUUCUGCUCAUGUGAUUGGUCGCCAUCGUUUCCCCAUGCAGCCCUGGUUUCCCUUGACACAAUACAGUUAGGGACUUUAAUUUAAACCCUUGUUCUGCGGACCACUGCCCGCUGCAGACACGCCCUGCCUCCUCCUAAUAAAGGCUCAUUUAACUCCGUGCUCA